AUGGGCGGAAUCUGUAGUCCUCAUCGCCUCCGAAAAGCUCUCCAAGAAGAAAAAGAAGGCCAACAUCCAGCUGGCGCUCGGCGUCUGCACCCUUCUCGACACAAACAGCGCCAAACCCGAAUGUACCGUCUAUCUCAGUCCGCGCGUGCAGCUCCCUAUCGGGUCCGAGAUCGUUCUUUACUCGCUCGUCGGCUUCACGAGCUUCUGCAGAGAGUUCAUCGCCGUCUCCAGCCUUCAGAAAAACCCGUUGCGAUCGCAAUGGGCCACGCAAUUAACGCAGAAAUACCCGCAAACCGCGUCCAAACUCAACAAAACGCUCGCUUCCCACAUCGAUCCCGUACGUUUCUCCGUUUCUCCCAUUCCUCUCAGACUCUCUACGAUGCCCUGCGUCGCCAACUCAAUGUGUUUCAACUCGAAGUCGUCACUGCAUUAUCGCGUCCCGGAUUGAGCGGAGUUUAUCUCGUCGAAGGACCGCCAGGAACCGGCAAAACCACCACAAUCGUCUCCAUCGUGCAGACCAUCGUCGCCACCUACCCGCAUCUGCGCAUUCUAAUCGCGGCUCCGUCGAACGCCGCGGUCGAUACGCUGCUGGAGAAGCUGGUCAUCAGCAUUCCGUCGACGCAAAACCCGAACGUGAUUCGCUUGGGCCGCGUGGGCGGCGACGCCAGCGUGAAGGACCAUCCCGAGCGCGCGUUCCUGCAGAAAUACGAGCUGGACGGGAUGGUGGAUCGGCAGAUCAAGAAGUUCCGAAGCGACGCAGCGAACCGACUCUCCACCGAAACCGACGGGUAUCUCCGAAAGAAGUUCGAGCAGUCCACGCUGAUGAACGCGCGCGUGAUCGUGUCCACGCUGGCCACGUCGUCCAACACGCAGGUGACUUCCUUUCUCUCGCAAGGCACGCAGCUGCCCAUCGUUAUCGUCGACGAAGCCACCCAAUGCACAGAGCCUCAUUGCUUGAUUCCGCUCUGCGUGAAGCCUUCUCUCUUCAUUCUCGUCGGAGAUUCCCAUCAACUCGCUGCCACCAUCCUCAAUCCCACCAUCAAACGCUUAGGAUACGGAAAAUCGCUCUUCGAGCGACUCGUUCUCAACAAAUUCCCGCGGCUAUCGCUUCGAAUUCAGUUCCGAAUGACGCCCUCCAUCUCUCUCUGGCCCAAUCAAUACGUCUAUCAAAGCCAGCUCAUCGACAGCAAGCGUGUUCGCCAGCCCUCCUUCUGCUACAUCUUCCAAAACUCCUCCGUGCCUUCCUACGCGUUCCUCGAUGUUCCCGAAGUACUUCUCUUCGAAUUCGAUGCGAUCCAGGGAAUCUGCGCCAAGCAUCGAUCCAGUUUCCACAAUCUCCGCGAAGCGGAAAUCGUCGUCGAUCUCAUUCACCGACUCUUCCUCCAACUCCCUCCCUCGACCAUCGGCUACUCCAUCGGCGUCAUUUCGCCCUACACCGCGCAAGUGCAUCAAAUCCGCAAUCGAAUGAACAGCGUCAUCGAUUGUGCACAGUUCGAAAAAGACCUGAAAUUGGUCAAAAUCAGCUCGGUGGACGCGUUUCAAGGCGGCGAAAGCGACAUCAUCAUUCUUUCGUGCGUUCGAUCCACCUUGAAAGACGCGCAGGCCAUCAAAUCGGUGGGCUUUCUCUCCAACCUGCAGAGAUUGAACGUGGCGUUGACACGAGCCAAGCAGGCUUUGUGGAUCGUGGGGAAUGCCCAGCAUUUGCAGAUUAAUUUCCAUUGGAAGUGGCGAUUGGGAAGGUUUUUUAGUGUAGAAUGCUGA